CUAAAAAAAAAUAAAAGGAAUCCGAAGAAACAUGGAAAUCAAACACCUCAUCUUCAAUCUCCUUAUCCUUUACUCCCUCAUCGUCCACACAAAUGCCAAUGCUUCCGAUUGCAUUUACAACAUCUACGUGCAAACCGGAAAUAUUCCGUACGCCGCUACUACAUCUAACAUAACCAUCUUCUUGAACGAUGCAACGAAGGCCGAACUCCCCGUGGUCAACCUUCAAAAUUGGGGUUUAAUGGGCUCCACGUACCACUACUUUAGGCCGGGGGAAGUCGACCUAUUCUCCAUGAAAGGCCCGUGUUUACGUGCUCCCGUGUGCGGCCUAACAAUCGUGCUAGACGGCUACGAUAGUUGGUAUUGCGAUGGUAUCGAAAUAACCGUCGUAGGAUUUGGAAAAUCGUGCUCUCAGAAGCAUUUUGUGGUCAAGAAAUGGCUCGAUGUCAAUGCGGGAACGGCGGUGAUCAUUCAAGACGAGUGUUUCAUUGAUAAUGUCCCAAGAAGUAUUAGUUUGAGGAAUGGAUAUUAGUUUUAUUGCUUAUGUUAGUUGUGGAGAUUAAUUAUGUUCUUUUUUGUAAGUAUUGUAAGUUAGAUAAUGUAUGAGGGCAUAGAUGUCCAGUGAAAUAAAUAAUGUGAGACGAGAUAGGAUAAUUUGUAUUCUUUCGACUUUGAAAUCAAUAAAGUUGUGGAUUUAAAUCCAA